UCCAUCCCUUUAUUUUCCAGGGACGUCCAUAAGCACGAAUCACGAAUGUAACCCCCAAAAGCAUCUUCUAAACCAUAGCUAAAAUUUCCACAAAAAAGGGCUACACCACAAAUCUAAACCGUAAACACUCCAAGAACCCACAGAUGACCGACCCUUGUUCUCGAUGACACACAACAUCAAGAAAACUAUAACUUUUCUCUUCGUAGAAACAUAGUAAAGGAAGAGAAAGAAAAAAAUGGAUUCUGCCGCUCUUGAUUAUGUAAUUAAUCAUUUGCUUGAGGUUAAAGAGAAGCCGGGGAAGCAAGUGCAGCUCUCGGAGUCAGAGAUCAAGCAGCUUUGUUUGCAGUCUAAAGAGAUUUUCUUGCAACAGACUAAUCUUCUUGAGCUUGAGGCACCCAUUAAGAUCUGUGGAGACAUUCAUGGUCAAUAUUCUGAUCUUCUUAGACUCUUUGAAUAUGGUGGAUUACCCCCCAAAUCUAAUUACUUAUUCUUGGGGGAUUAUGUGGACCGCGGGAAGCAAAAUCUGGAAACAAUCUGUCUUCUACUUGCCUAUAAGAUAAAGUAUCCUGAAAAUUUCUUCCUUUUGAGGGGAAACCAUGAAUGUGCAUCAGUAAAUCGUAUAUAUGGAUUUUAUGAUGAGUGCAAACGAAGAUUUAAUGUGAAGCUAUGGAAAACAUUCACAGAUUGUUUUAAUUGCCUACCUGUGGCAGCUGUUAUAGAUGAAAAGAUAUUGUGCAUGCAUGGUGGACUCUCUCCUGAUCUGCAUGAUCUGAAUCAAAUUAGAAAUAUGCAACGUCCAAUUGAUGUUCCAGAAACUGGUUUACUUUGUGAUCUACUUUGGUCAGAUCCCAGUAAAGAUGUCAAAGGGUGGGGAAUGAGUGAUAGGGGAGUUUCCUAUACAUUCGGUCCUGAUACGGUAACCGAAUUCCUUCAAAAGCAUGAUCUUGAUCUUAUAUGCCGUGCCCAUCAGGUUGUUGAAGAUGGUUAUGAGUUUUUUGCUGAUAGACAGCUUGUCACAAUAUUCUCAGCCCCCAAUUACUGUGGAGAAUUUGACAAUGCCGGUGCCAUGAUGAGUGUGGAUGAAACUUUAAUGUGCUCAUUUCAAAUACUGAAGCCUGCAGAAAAGAAGCCAAAAUUUGGAUUUGGGAGCACUGCUACAGCUAAACGAGGAACUCCUCAAACAAAAACAAAGUGUGGAUUAAUUUUAGUGCAAACCCUUCUACAAGCUUCAAAUGCCAAAAACUUCCAUCACUUCCCCUCCUAAGCAGCUGCCUCUCGAAAGAUCAAAGGGGUUAAAAAGUGUGCCUUUGUGAGGGCCGAGGGUGUGACCAGUCGAAAUGUACCCCAAAAGUUGCUCGAGUGGUGGAAGUUACGUUAUGAUCAACAAGUAGAAUAUGAGGUUUGCAUUUUGCGAGCUGACAAUUUGGAUAAUAAAGUUCAAAUCUUUGGAGAAAAGAUUUGGUUCUCUUUAGAGGAAGCUAAGAAAGAGAGCGCCAAAUACAAGGAGUUGAGCGAAGGUGCUAAAGUUUAUGCUAUCAAGGAGGCUACAAUGUUGGCCGAUGUUAUGAAGUUUUCUAAGGACUUGGAGUGGGCCAAGGAAAACCAUGAGGCUUAUGCCAAAAUGACUGAUCGUGAGAUUUUAAGACUUAGAGAGGAGCUUCAGUUGGUAAAAGAUGAGCAGUUUUUUACCUCGAAAGAUCUUGAGAAUGCAAGGAAUGAAAUGGCUUCAGUUGGUAAAAGAUGGGCAAUUUGUUACCUCGAAAGAUAUUGAGAAUGCGAGGAAUGAAACUAGCAUUCAAUUAAAACUUUAUCAUAGGUGGAAAGAAACUUGCCUUCAAUUGAAAAUUUAUCAUAGGCAGAAAGAAACUUGCCUUCAACCCCUUUCAUAUGCUUUUUAUAAAUAUUGUCAAUGCGUUCCUUUUUCUGGUCUUGGCUCAUUGUAAGAGUUUUGAUAUCCAUACUUUCCCUUUUAUA